AGACUAUAAAAAGAACCAAAAAUGAUUGUCACAUUCAAAUGACCAAAUAACGAAAAUGGAUGAACAAGCACCAGAACCGGGAGGUUUCUUGCCUCCAUCUUUGCCAUCACCAGCACCCAGCAGUGCUUCUUCCAGCUCCUCAAGGUCGAAUCUUCCUCAUCCCCGUUCUCAUCCGUUGAGAGCUGGCUCCGCUAAAGAAGAUGCUGCGAGACGGUACGUUGAGGGAAGACUGCUACACAUUUCGAGAAGAUAUACGAAGAAGUUUCAGCCUGUUGAAGAGAGUAGACUCGAGGAUGCGAAGGGAUAUGAGAGUAUGGGGCAAAUUGCCAAGGAUUUUGGGGAGAUUGUUGACGUAGUUUGGCUUUCAGGAACCCCAAGUUUACAGAUCCCAUAUUUGUUGAAUAUUGCGGGGUCGGUAAAUACAUAUCUCCCUGCAUUUCCGCCAUCUCCUAAAUCCACUUUCCGACUUUUAAGGAAGCUGGAUCAUGCCUUCUCUAGCUUGCUGAAAGGGGAAGAUAGCGAUACUGGUGAGAUUUUGCCGGGAUUUGAAAGGGGAAUGCGAGGUGGGAUGAGUAAGACAGACAUGGUCAGGUGUAAAGGGUUGGUCGAAACGACGAGAGUCUUGAUUGUUGAUGUUAUGAAUAAGGAGCCAGAGUUGGACGAAGGCAUAGUAGAGAGCGGCGUGGAAAUUGAUCUUGAGGAAGACGCUGAAAUGGACGCCGACAAUCAGAAGUUUGAGAUGGAUGUCGCCGGAGUGUAUGAGCAGACGAUUAUGCAAUUAGGAGAGCAGCUGGACGGAAAUGGUGGGUUUGGAGCUGUGAGUUGGCCUAAGAGACCUCAGGUCUUGGUUUCUUAGUUUAUUGAGUUGCUCUGCAUCAGCGUGGGCGUUAGUGGGCGUGUUUCAAAUCGCCGUUCAUUUGCUUUCAUCUAAGCCAUCCUUUGCGAAGUCAUCUGCAUAGAAAGAACUCGAGGAUUCCAAUUUUCUCCAGACAGGGGUAAUGUAGCUGCCAGCAUGCCCAGUUUAAUUCAUUGAGCUUCGUGGAAUACUGAGUGUCG